AAAGUUAGUAUAAGUAAAUACAGAUUUAUUUUGCAUUGAUCAUUUAGCCUAUCAAUUAAUUAGGUUCAUAUUUGUGAGAAAUGUAGCCCUGACCGGCGUUCAGCCAAUCUGUCAGUCAACGGCAUUGAUUAGGAUGCUGUACUAGCCGCGACGAGCCGCUGUCGUGGGUUGCGACAGCUGUCAAACAUUAAAAAAAACCCAUCACUGUACCUUUAAAUUUUCUGACGACAUGUCGUAAGCCGACCAGAACUGUCGUAAAACUCACGUACCAGUACCGCGUUUCGCAUCACGCUGUCACUAACGACAGUUUGGAGUUUGUUUUGGGAUACUUAUAUUAGAUGUCUUCGAUGGAUGAAAAAACAAAACGCUACUCAAUUCAUAUGUAGCUCGCACGCGACUAUUUUUACAUUGGGUUGCGGCACGUGUUUGCACCAUGUUUGUGUUGGUGGAGAUGGUAGACACGGUCAGGAUCCCUCCGUGGAGCUUUCAAAGACAGCUGAACGAAGCUGUGUCUGAGGAACUCAAUAAAAAACUGGCCAAUAAGGUGGUCUACAAUGUCGGUCUCUGCAUAUGCCUGUAUGACAUCACGAAACUGGAGGAUUCAUACAUUUUCCCGGGAGAUGGUGCAUCACACACAAAAGUGCAUUUCAGGUAUGUUGUUUUCCACCCGUUUCUGGAGGAAAUACUGGUCGGAAAGAUCAAGUACUGUAGUCAGGAAGGCGUUCACGUGACCAUGGGCUUCUUUGAUGACAUUCUUAUCCCACCAGAGUCUCUUCAGCAACCCACUAAAUUCGAUGAAGCCGAGCAAGUUUGGCUCUGGGAGUACGUGACAGAUGAGGGCGCGCACGACCUCUACAUGGACCAGGGAGAGGAGAUCCGUUUUCGAGUGUCCGAUGAGAUAUUUUUGGAUACGUCGCCAACGGGCCCGAUGAUUGACGCGACAGCACCUGCCCAACCUGGGCAGUCAUCGGCGCCCCCACCUGCGCAGGAUACUGGCGAUAAGAAAGAUGCGCCAUAUACUCUGAUAGGUACCAUUUCUGAGCCGGGACUAGGACUGCUAUCAUGGUGGAACAAUUAAAAGGAGCAAGAGGGGAUAUGGGUGAUCAUCAGGAAAGUCAAAAGGACAUGUGCAACAAAAGAACUUGAUUGAGUUCUACUCAAGCAUGAAGAGACUUGAAAUGGACGAAGGUGACAACACGCGGACGUGUCGCACAGAAGAACGACUUUUCAAGCAACAGGUUUAGUACAACUAUAUUUAUUAACGAAAGGAUCCAUGAUUUUGCCUUUUUAGUUUGUACCAUCUAAGAUUGGAUUGCAGUUCCCUAAUCAUUAAUUAUUGAGACACUAGGUCAAGUAAGAUUAAUAUUAUCAUUUUAAUGGUCAACAGUCAGACAAACUUUUUUUUGGGGGGGGGUCUCAUUUGAUUUAGACUGGGUGUGAGUCACCAACAUUUCUUUACGAUUGACUACUUUAAUCAUGUUUGGCUGCGUCGACCCUAAUAUGUGCUUAAUCAUGUAACAACUUGAUCAAAUUGUUAUCUGUGGGUAAUGUGUUUAGUGUAGGAUAUCCGAUGAAAACUCAUAGAAGCUAAAUUUCACUCACAAACAUGCUUUUCUGCAAUGUUAUUUACUGAUUUUUUUUUUUUUAAGUUCUGAAAGACCUUCAUAUCUCCUUAACACCAGGACCAUCAGUGUGAUUAUUGUGAUUUGUCAUUUUUGUGGUGGCAGGAAGCAAUGAGGGAUUAGAGACAAGCCUUUAAAUCCUACAAGGACAUAUAAAUGUAUACACAAAACGUGUUUCAUGUGACCGCUCUGAGAUUAUUGGGUGCUUGGCUUGAUUGUUUACUAAAACUAGGUCAUGUGGUUUUGAAAUUUUUUUUUUAAAAAAUACAAUAAAUGCUGUACAUAAAAAUCUGUUAAAAAGGAUGGCUUUCAUGUGACUUCCUCUUGUUGAAUCAAAGAAAAAAAAUCCUCAUGUUCAGAAAUUUCUGCUGCAGACUUAAGUACUGUACUAUCCAACUGUUUUCCUAUUUUAAACUUUAGACAUUUACAUUCAAAUUUUUGUAAUAAAAAUGUGCUCUACAGAUGCCCUUUGUUCACAGCUUUUUAUAGUAGAUAUCACUAAUUGUUGAGUUCAUCGGUUUCUUGGUCGAACGUUGUUCUGAAAUGACACGCAACUUAUAGACAGUACGUUUUAAGUAGGUUUGAUUGAAAAUUCAACAGAAUUGGAUCUAGAACACUUUUAACUCAUUGACAGCACGAGACGUCCAAUUUAUUUUGAUUGGGAGGGGCAAAUCAGUGAAAAUAUAUUGGAAGUCUAGCGCCAUUGUUGGUAGGGGUGGGAACCUCUGGGUAGCUCACGAUACGAUACAAUUUGCAAUACAAGGCUCAAGAUAAUGAUCUCACGAUAUGGCGAUACAUUUAUCGAUACAUCGGUCAGGAAAUUAUUCUACAAUACAACUAAUAAACAGAAAAACAAGCCAUCAGGCAUCUAUGGUGGACAAUGGCAACCCAGGAUUUUAUUUUUGGGGCAUUUAACAUAAUUUGCUGUUCAUUAUCAGUCACUACCUGUUGAUUUGAUUUUGGGUUAUGGAACAGGAAAUAACCCAGGAACGAACUGGCAGUGACUCAAAUUUAAUAGGAAGUGACCUGCAAAGGCCCCAAAAUCAACACAAUGUUCAUUUUAGUGUAUUUACAGGUAACAUCCGGGUGAUUUUGGUACAUUUAUGGGUCACUUAUGGUUGAUUUUUGAUUACGGAACAGGAAUUGACAUGGGAACAAAUAGGCAGCGACUCAGGGGCCGUUUACAUGGUGACUCUCCGAGAAGACGAAAAUUUCAUGUUUGCAUUUAUAUGGGCCCGUCUCCAUUCGAACAAUGUUGCAAUUCCGCAAGAAAACAAUGUAGUAUUCAUGCCAGGCCCUAGGGGGCAGUGCAGAUUUACAAGGCGACAGCGAAUGAUGCACUUUGACCCCACCAAUGUUCCUCAGCCCGGAAAAAAAUAUGCCCGCGCACUCGAAGCAAUGGCAUUUUUCUUUUGUUGAAAAAGGCACAAAAAUGGAAACAUUCAACAUAUUUCAUUCAAAAAUAUUAUUAAAACAGUAAAUUAAAGCCGACAUUCCGCCAUAUUUGCUGUUUUUAAUGUUUAGUAGCAGCGCUGCGCACUCCCAAUGUGACGUGUACGAGUGCUGACGUUAUUGGCGCGGUGUCGCGCCGCGGGAGCCUUUGAUAUGCAUGCAGGGAUAGCCCCCCCUCGAUCCCCUGCAAUCGAAUUUUUCCACUUUGGAGGCAGGAUUCACAAUUUUUCAUCUUCGCCGACACCAUAUGCACGCGAGGCAACUCCGCAACACAGUCAUUGCGUCUCCGUGUCGCAGAGUCGCCAUGUAAACUGCCCCUCAAAUUCAACAGGAAGCGACCUGUAAAUGCACUAAAACAAAGUGAACAGUAAAUGCUACAAAAAACAGAAAAACUGGCUGCGAAUGCUCAGUAUGGUCAUUCGCCCCUCCCAAUCUAAAUAAAAACGAUAUAUCGAUUCUUGGCAGGAGUAUAUCGAUAACCUUUUGGGAUACAAAGUAUCAUGAUGUAUCACCAUUUCGAUAUUUUAUCACACCUCUAAUUAAUUGUGCUAAAAUAUGAGCAUUCCUAAAGUUGCAAUGGUUUAAAUGACUUUUAUUGUUGUCAAUGGCAGGCAAUAAACACUCAAUGA